GGAAGCGGCACGCGACCUCCUGGAGGUGACUCUGCGGGGUCUUCAAUACAGCCCCCCCCGCACCUCCACGCGGCCCGCCCCUGCGCCCCAGAGACCCGGGACCCGGCGGAGGUGGCGAGUGGGGGCGCAAGGCUGGAGCUGCCCCCGCGAGCGGCCGGGAGCAGUUCCCCCGGGAGCGAGGGCUGAGCGGCGGCUCGGGCAGGGCCGCCAGAGCCGGGAGAAGCGAGGGAGGCCCCGCCGCGGCCGCCACCGCCGCCGCGUGCUCAGCCUGUCCCCGCCCCGGGAGCCGGAGCCUCCAACUAACUCCGCCCGCCGCCCCGCCGCCUGCAGGCUCCGGCUGCCCUCCCGGACUGUGCCCGCGGCCGCGCAGGUUCAGAAUGAUAACUGACGCGGAUCUGUGUGAUAUCCCUCCUAGUCCCUGUCAUUCUCCAGUGAUAAGAAGCCCACACGUCUAGUCCCAGCGCUAAGGCAAAAAAAAAAAAAAAAAAAAACCUGGUAGGAGGAAAGCUUCCGCCUGAGGACCAGACAAAAGUACCGCCUCCCCAGCCUUCCCAAGAGGUUCUGCGUGCUGUCCGGUGAUCCAGACACCUCUCUUGGCCCAGCUAGUUGCUCUCCCUGCUGAUGGUGUGUGGCCGCCGCAAGACGCCCGCCUUGCCCGGGUCAUUAAGUAGCGGCUGCUGCCGGCACCGCACCGCAGCCUGACCGCUGGCCCCAACCCAGCGCUGCGCUGCUAAGUCCUCUCCCGGCGAGGCCGGCAGGAGCAGCGUGGACAUGGCUGGCAUUCAGAGCCUGCUACUUCUGUUCCUUGUUUUUCAAACCAGCUCUUUGGGUUUCAGAAGUCCACUUUCUGUCUUUAAGAGAUUUAAAGAAACCACCAGAACACUUUCCAAUGAAUGUCUUGGUACUUCCAGACCAGUCAUUCCUAUUGAUUCAUCAGAUUUUGCCUUGGAUAUCCGCAUGCCUGGGGUUACACCUAAACAGUCUGAUACGUACUUCUGCAUGUCAAUGCGUUUGCCAGUGGAUGAGGAAGCCUUUGUGAUUGACUUCAAACCUCGUGCCAGCAUGGAUACGGUCCAUCAUAUGUUACUUUUUGGAUGCAAUAUGCCAUCAUCCACUGGAAGUUACUGGUUUUGUGAUGAAGGAACAUGUACAGACAAAGCCAAUAUUCUAUAUGCCUGGGCAAGGAACGCACCCCCUACCAGACUCCCGAAAGGUGUUGGAUUUAGAGUUGGAGGAGAGACUGGAAGUAAAUAUUUCGUGCUGCAGGUACACUAUGGGGAUAUCAGUGCUUUUAGAGAUAAUCACAAGGAUUGCUCUGGUGUGUCUUUACAUCUCACACGCCUGCCACAGCCUUUAAUUGCUGGCAUGUACCUUAUGAUGUCUGUUGACACUGUCAUACCAGCAGGAGAGAAAGUGGUGAAUUCUGACAUUUCCUGCCAUUAUAAAAAGUACCCCAUGCAUGUCUUUGCCUAUAGAGUUCACACUCACCAUUUAGGUAAGGUGGUCAGUGGAUACAGAGUUAGAAAUGGGCAGUGGACACUAAUUGGACGCCAGAGUCCCCAACUACCACAGGCUUUCUAUCCUGUGGAACACCCAGUUGAUGUGAGUUUUGGUGACAUACUGGCAGCAAGAUGUGUUUUCACUGGUGAAGGGAGGACAGAAGACACACGCAUUGGUGGCACAUCUAGUGAUGAAAUGUGCAACUUAUACAUCAUGUUUUACAUGGAAGCCAAGCAUGCAGUUUCUUUUAUGACCUGUACACAGAACAUAGCUCCAGAUAUGUUUAGAACCAUACCACCAGAGGCUAAUAUUCCGAUUCCUGUCAAGUCUGACAUGGUUAUGAUGCAUGGGCAUCACAAAGAAACAGAGAAGAAAGAUAAGACUUCUUUACUCCAGCAGCCAAAACGAGAAGAGGAAGAAGUGUUAGAGCAGGGUGAUUUCUAUUCACUACUUUCCAAGCUACUAGGAGAAAGGGAAGAUGUGGUUCAUGUGCAUAAAUACAACCCGACAGAAAAGGCAGAAUCAGAGUCAGAGCUGGUAGCUGAGUUUGCAGAUGUAGUCCAAAAGAAGGAUCUUGGUCCGUCUGAUGCCAGAGAGAGUACGGAACAUGAGGAAAGGGACAAUGCUAUUCUUAUCAGAGACAGAAUUCACAAAUUCCACAGACUAGAAUCUACCUUGAGGCCAGCAGAGAGCAAAGCUUUCUCAUUACAGCAUCCCCCACCUGGUGAAGGGACCUGGGAACCAGAACACACAGGAGAUUUCCAUGUAGAAGAAGCACUGGAUUGGCCAGGCGUAUACCUGUUACCAGGACAAGUUUCUGGAGUUGCUCUGGAUUCUAGGAAUAACUUGGUGAUUUUCCAUAGAGGUGACCAUGUUUGGGAUGCAAACUCUUUUGACAGCAAAUUUGUUUACCAGCAAAGAGGACUUGGGCCAAUAGAGGAAGACACUAUUCUUGUCAUAGAUCCAAAUAAUGCUGCAGUACUACAUUCCAGUGGGAAAAAUUUGUUUUACUUGCCACAUGGCUUGAGUAUAGAUAAAGAAGGAAAUUACUGGGUCACAGAUGUAGCUCUCCAUCAGGUGUUCAAAUUGGACCCAAACAGUAAAGAAGGCCCUCUCUUAGUCCUGGGAAGGAGCAUGCAACCAGGCAGUGACCAGAAUCACUUCUGUCAACCCACUGAUGUAGCUGUGGAUCCAGACACUGGAAUGAUCUACGUGGCAGAUGGUUACUGCAACAGUCGGAUUGUUCAGUUUUCACCAAGUGGGAUAUUCAUCACCCAGUGGGGAGAAGAGUCUUCAGGGGACAAUCCCAAACCUGGCCAGUUCUAUGUUCCUCACAGCUUGGCCCUUGUACCUCAUUUGGACCUUUUAUGUGUGGCAGACAGGGAAAAUGGUCGAAUCCAGUGUUUUAAAACUGACACAAAAGAAUUUGUGCGAGAAAUUAAACAUAAAGCAUUUGGAAGAAAUGUGUUUGCCAUUUCAUAUACACCAGGUUUGCUCUUUGCGGUGAAUGGGAAACCUUACUUUGAAGACCAAGAACCUGUGCAAGGAUUUGUAAUGAACUUUUCCAGUGGGGAAAUUAUAGACGUCUUUAAGCCAGUGCGCAAGCACUUUGACAUGCCUCAUGAUAUCGUUGCCUCUGAAGACGGGACUGUGUACGUUGGGGAUGCUCACACCAACACUGUGUGGAAGUUCACUUCAACUGAAAAAAUGGAACACCGUUCAGUUAAAAAGGCUGGCAUUGAUGUCCAGGAUAUUAAAGAAUCCGAGGCAGUUGUUGAAACCAAAAUGGAGAACAAACCCACCUCCUCUGAAUUGCAGAAGAUGCAAGAGAAACAGAAACUGAUCAAAGAUCUGGGCUCAGGAGUGCCCGUUGUUCUCAUGACCACCCUUCUGAUUAUCCCAGUGGUUGUCCUGCUGGCCAUUGCCAUAUUUAUUCGGUGGAAAAAAUCAAGGGUCUUUGGAGAUUCUGAACGCAAACUUGAGGCAACUUCUGGAAGAGUACUGGGCAGGUUUAGAGGAAAAGGAACAGGAGGCUUAAACCUUGGAAAUUUCUUUGCUGGUCGUAAAGGCUAUAGUCGAAAAGGAUUUGACCGCCUUAGCACAGAGGGAAGUGACCAAGAGAAAGAUGAGGAUGAUGGAAGUGAAUCUGAAGAGGAGUAUUCUGCGCCUCUGCCUGCACCUCUACCUUCCUCUUCCUGAAAGCAGGGCUUUGCUAUAGCUUGAUGGGAUUUACAAAGAAUGCCCAAUUCUUUUCCCUUUAGCACGUUUAGAGUUUUGUGUAUUUAGUUGUAACUUAACACUAGUCUGUGUGGGACUGUACACAUUUUAUUUACAUUCUUUUUGCUUUGGUUGGCUCCUGUUUUUAGUUAGAAACCUCCCCCCCCCAAAAAAAAAUCAUAAUAGUGCCAUUGUCUUUAUGUGAACAUAGACUAGAGAAACAGUCCUCUUCCAUCACAAUACUAAUUUAAUGAUGGAAGUUUGAUCAUUUACGUAUUUGAGAGUUUUCUGUAGAUGUAAAUAAUCCCAUUCUCUCUGCUUGAACACAGUAUCUUUCCAGAAGCACUUCCAUUGCCAAUGUCUUUCUUUGGUGCCUUUCCUGUUCAGCAUUCUCAGCCUGUGGCAGUAAAGAGAAACUUUGCGCUACCUGAAGACAAAGCUGCUAAAUCUCCUUCUAUUUUUUUAAAAUCACUAGCAUUAUAUUGCAGUGAGAAAAAGAAAACAAAGUCUCUAUUUAAAUUUUUCUUUUUUCAAUUCUCUUCUUCAGUUGGUGUGUUUUUGGGGAUGUCUUAUUUUUAGAUGGUUACACUGUUAGAACACUAUUUUCAGAAUCUGAAUGUAAUUUGUGUAAUAAAGUGUUUUCAGAGCA